AUGAAACCUCUUUUACUCUUGAUAUCUUUUUAUUUUGCAGCCUUCACCCUCGCCGGCGGUGAUCCAUAUGAGCAAUUCGGAGAAGAAGUAUACACUUUCCAAAGCUGUUCCUCGGCAAUGUCUGCGACAGCAACGUUUUGUGAUAUCGGUACACACCGUAGAGGUGCAAUGACCAUGUGUAUUUGUCGAAAUCAAUUUGCUAUGGCUACUUUCACGGGUUGCAUAAACAACGGAGCCCAACCAAAGCAUUUCGACUACCUCAUCUCCAGUUGCGCCAAAUUCAACGUUAUUGUCACGCCUGAACGGAUCCAACAAUCUUACUUGAACUUCACAAAGUAUGCCAAAACCAUUCACGAAAUCCCACACUUCAACAGAACGAUGACUGUUAGAGUUCCUUUGAAGCUUGACUCACUGACUGUUGCCCUUUACAAGAAGGCUUAUACGCAGUUUUACGGGAACAGAGAUCAUGCCUUGUACUAUGGUUCUGGAAUGUUGGGUUUCUGGUUGCUUGUCUUCAUUUGUGGUGCUGUUUCCAAAUGGUCCAAGAUUCUCAUGCCCGGUCUUGUCAAGUGGUUUACUGGUCCAAUAUCCAAUAGCUGGAGGAAACAUGUUACUCUUCCUGCCACUGGGAGAAGAGCUAAAACUAACGACAAGAAAGUGUGGAAAAUAUUUCAUCUCUUGGUUCCUUCUAGAAAGGAAACCAUCAUCAUCUUUUUAUUUUGCUGCUUAACCAUUUUCUGUAAUGCCCACAUGAUUGUUUAUACUAAAAAUGAUCCAUUUUCCCCACUAGGUGGGAAGCCAUUAGUCGGUAUGUGGGAGAUAGGACUGGUGUAAUAUCAAGUAUUAUUGCUCCAUUAUUGAUCGUGCUUGCCGGUAGGAAUAAUGCGUUGCUGUGGCUAACAGGGUGGCAUUAUGCAACUUUUGUUACAUAUCAUAAAUGGGUAGCUCGUGUCCUCGUAGCCUUGGUUGUCGUCCACGCAAUUUGCUUUUCCAUUUCUUUCCAAUCCACAUAUAGAAUGAAUAUGGCUAAAAAUAACAUAGUUUGGGGCACUGUUGGAACGGUUUCCGGUGGUCUUUUGCUUGGUUUGCUGCUUAUGCAACUUCGAAGACGCUGGUAUGAAGUGUUUUUGGCCAUUCAUAUUGCAUUGGCCGCAUUGUUCAUUGCUGGUGCUUGGAUCCAUGUUAAUGAGAUGGGUUACGUUUGGUUCUACUAUGCCUCCGUUGCAGUGUGGGUCUUUGAUAGAGUUGUUAGAAUCGUGAGACUUGUUGGCUUUGGAUGUCCAAAAUCCGAAGUCACACUUCUAGCUAACGAAACACUCCGUAUUGUUGUCCCUAAGCCCAAAUACUGGCUGAUAACUCCAGGGGGGCAUGCCUUUGUACACUUCAUCAGACCAUCUUGUUUCUGGCAGUCUCAUCCGUUCACCUUCACUUCCAUGCGUGCCGAUGAGUCUUCUGGAUCAAAGGAUAGUGUCGUCUUGUAUUGUAAGGUGAAGGGUGGGAUCACACAUGGUCUCUACCAAUAUCUUUCCACCCACCCAGGGAAACGAGCUCAGAUCAGAGUUGCUCUCGAAGGACCAUAUGGUGAUCCAACUCCUGCUAAAAGAUAUGACUCUGCAGUCUUCGUUGCUGGGGGGAAUGGUAUCCCCGGUAUUUAUUCUGAAGUAUAUGACUUGGCCCUCCAGUCCCGUAUGAAAGAUCAAACUUUGAAAUUACUUUGGGUGAUCAAGGAGUACAAGUCAUUGUGUUGGUUCUACGAAGAGCUACUCUCUCUUAAGGAUACCAAUAUCCAAUGUACAAUUUUUGUGACCCAGCCUCACAUGGACUCGUGUAUGGAUGAUUUCUCCCUUCGGUUCCCCUCCAGAAACAGCAAUGACGAGAAACUGGACGAGAAGUCCAUCAAGGGGCUCGAAGUGUGCAGUUCAAGUGACUCUUCCAUGAAUGGUGUCAUCGACCAAAUCCACUCCGAGUUAAGCCAUAUUGAUUUCAAUGAGGGAAGACCAAACAUCGAUGGGCUUGUCAAACAAGAAAUUGAAGAUUCUCGUGGGUCAGUGGCAUUUGUCACUUGUGGCCAUCCGUUGAUGGUGGACGAUAUUCGGUACUCUGUGGCCCACUCGCUAGACUACUCCAAGGGGAAACGGGUGGACUUCUUUGAACAGUUACAAGUUUGGUCUUAG